UAGACUGUGUUUAGAACCAAUCGCAGAGGCUGAUGCGAAGGUGACGAUUACAACGGUGGUGACGGAAGGAGGGGCGAGUGUCCUCCAUUUUGUAGGUCUGGUAACAGCGACCAAAGCGAGGGAAACUGCGGGCUGAAACUCCUGAAACAGAGCGGGGAUUUUGAUAAACACAUUUCUUCACGAAUUUACAACAUGAGUGGAGUGAAUGUGAAGAAAUUAAAGGUCAACGAGCUGAAAGAGGAACUUCAGCGGCGAGGCCUAGACACCCGUGGCCUGAAAGCGGAUCUUGUCGAUAGGUUGCAGGCUGCACUCGAGGCCGAGGCCACGGGGGAAGGAGGCGGACCACCGGUGGCACUUGGUGAGGGGUACGGCAUCGGCGAGGAAGCUGGAGAAGGUGACGAUUACGCGGACGAAGAUGAAGACGGUGGCGAAGAGGAGGAGGAUGAGGAUGAAGACUAUCCUGAGCAGCAGGAAGAGGAGAACGGCGACGGAGGAGACCUGGACGGAGACGAAGCCCCCGAAAUGGGUUACGGGAUGAGCGAGUACCCUGCUGCUGAUGCGGAACGGCCCGAGGUGAAGCAGGAGAGUUACGAGGAAAUGCUGGAACCGGAGCCCGAACCGCAGCCAGAACCAGAGGAAGAGCCACCAGAGCCCGAAGUAACGCCGCCCGAGGAGUCAGAGGAGAAGCCAGUGCUCGACAUAAAAGAGGAGAAGGAAGAGGAGCAGGAGGAGCCACAGCAGCUGGAGAAGCAGGAGGAGCCACAGCCGGCCAAUGAGUGGGAGGCGGCCGAGGCUCAGGAGGCGGACCAGGUUAAAACCGAAGAUGAUAGACAGGCUCAUUACGGCCGCAAGAGGCCCUACGAUGAAGGCCGGGGUCAUGGGUACUAUGAGCACCGUGAGGACAAGAGGUCUCGCUCGCCUCAGCCCCCUGCCGAGGAGGAAGAGGAGGACUUCGAUGACACACUGGUGGCCAUUGACACAUAUAACUGCGACCUGCACUUCAAGGUGUCCCGUGACCGGUACAGCGGCUACCCGCUCACCAUCGAGGGCUUCGCGUUCCUGUGGUCCGGCGCCCGCGCGUCCUACGGCGUCAGCAAGGGCCGCGUCUGCUACGAGAUCAAGAUUAAUGAAGAGAUCUCAGUGAAGCACUUGCCCACCAGUGAGCCCGACCCCCAUGUGGUGAGAGUGGGCUGGUCCCUGGACUCCUGCAGCACACAGCUGGGCGAGGAGCGCUUCUCCUAUGGCUACGGAGGAACGGGAAAGAAAUCCUCCGACUGCAAAUUUGAGGACUACGGGGAGAAGUUUGGCGAGAACGACGUCCUCGGCUGUUACAUAGACUUCGAGGGCGAGGAGGAGGUGCAGAUGGCCUUCUCCAAGAACGGCAAGUGGCUGGGCCCGUGCUACAGCGUGAACCGCGAGGAGCUGGCCGGCCGGCCGCUCUUCCCCCACGUGCUGGUCAAGAACUGCGCCAUCGAGUUCAACUUCGGCCAGAAGGAGGAGCCCUUCUUCCCCCUGCCCGAGGGCUACGCCUUCAUCCAGGACGUCCUGCUGGAGGACAGGGCCCGGGGCACCGUGGGACCCGCCACCAAGGCCGACUGCGAGAUCCUGAUGAUGGUGGGCCUGCCGGGGGCGGGGAAGACCACCUGGGCGAUGAAGCACGCGGUGGAGAACCCCGAGAAGAAGUACAACAUCCUGGGCACCAACGCCAUCAUGGAGAAGAUGAAGGUGAUGGGCCUGCGCCGCCAGCGGAACUACGCGGGCCGCUGGGACGUCCUGAUCCAGCAGGCCACGCAGUGCCUGAACCGGCUCAUCCAGAUCGCCGCCCGUAAGAAGCGCAACUACAUCCUGGACCAGACAAAUGUAUAUGGAUCAGCCCAGAGACGAAAAAUGCGUCCUUUUGAAGGUUUUCAACGCAAGGCUAUUGUAAUUUGUCCCGCGGACGAGGACUUAAAAGAGCGAACGUUAAAGCGAACUGAUGAGGAAGGGAAGGAUGUGCCCGAUCAUGCUGUGUUAGAAAUGAAAGCCAACUUUGUGCUCCCGGAGGCCGGCGACUUUCUGGACGACGUGAGCUUCGUGGAGCUGGAGCGCGAGGAGGCCGACAAGCUGGUCAAGCAGUACAACGAGGAGGGCCGCAAGGCCGGCCCGCCCCCCGACAAGCGCUUCGACAACCGGCCCGGCGGCUUCCGGGGCCGCGGCGGCGGCGGCGGCUACCAGCGCUACGACAACCGCGGCGGCCCCCAGGGCGGCCGGGGCGGCUACCAGAACCGCGGCGGCGGAGGGGGCGGCGGCUUCCGAGGGGGGUAUAACCGCGGCGGGUACAACCAGAAUCGCUGGGGGGGCAACCACCGGGAAGGCGCCUCGGGGGGGCGUGGCGGGUACAACCGCAACCAGCAGUCCGGCGGGGGCUACAACCACAACCGCCAGGUCGCGUACACCAAGGGAGGCAGUGGGGGUGGAGGCUACAGUCAGGCGCAGCCCCAGACCUACAGCCAGGGCUACAGUCAAGGCUACAACCAGGGCAACUACAACCAGGGUUACAACUACGCCAGCUAUGGGCAAUACCCGGGGUACAGCCAGAGCUACAGCCAAACCCCAGCUGCCACUGGGCAGACAUACAGCCAGCAGCAGAACUACAACCAGCAGUACCAGCAGUACGCACAGCAGUGGCAGCAGUAUUACCAGAACCAGAGCCAGUGGAACCAGUACUACGGCCAGUACGGGAACUACGGCAACUACUCCGGCCAGGGCACGCAGGGCACCCAGGGCUCCCCGGGCACGCAGUAGCCCCGCCCUGCCACCACGCGCGGCGGACAAGAACGCAUCCCAUUCAAGCGACGACUCGGCUCUCCCUUCGUCUUGUGACCACCCCCCCAAACCCCCCCCCUUCUCCUCCUCCAUCUCCCUCCCACUCACGUACUCUCCCACACGCUUCUGUUAAGAUUGUCUAGCUUUCAGUUUUCUUUGCCUUAAAAGCUUACAGCAUUUCCGUUCCUGUUAGCCCACGGUGUGUAUUUUAGCUACAUUAGAUCCUGCAUUCAAAUAGUGGAAACAUGCGGCUUGCUUCUAUUCUAGCCUGUUUAAAACGGGAACCCUGCCCCCUAGUGGGCACCAGCAUUAUGUGGCAUUGCAGGAGGUCAUUCCUGCAGUACAUGUGUGGUGUACAGGAAGUGUGUCUCAUAGUUCAAUUAAUUUGGCUAGGACCUGCACGCGUAAAUCUUACAGCUACUUUCUUUUGGUGUUUUAAGGGGGAUGGAGGCAUUUGUUUGACAGAUCCUUUGUUUUAAGCAUUUCCCCUUUUCAGUUAAAUUUUAGGGGUUAGACCGUAGAUCGAAGAACUGCAGAUUUUAAAGAACAUACCUACUAAUAACAGGUUUUCACCAAGGUCGUUUGAAAUCUAUCUUGCAUCUUCAUUGCUUUUGAUUUGAUAGUCAAAAUUUAGGUUAAUUGAAAUGGGAGUCUGAGAAGGCUAACAUUUUAGUUAGUACUUUUUGUGUAACUUAUCAACUUAUUUUGUGAUUAAGGCGCACUUGCAGCCAUCAAACAUUUUUACCUUUUUUUUUUUUUUGCUUUUCCUUUUAUAAUGUACCAUUUUAAAGCUGUUAAUAAUUCAGUCGGAUGCAUAUAUCUCUCUCCCUUUUCCCUCCAGAUUGUUUUGCAAGUUUUGUGGUCAUUAACAGGUUUUGUGUGUUGUGUAAACUUUUUUAUACCAUGUCUGUAAAACUGUAUCUGCACGUGGGUCUGUGUUCAAUCAAAAUCCAGACACUUUUGUAUUUGAGAAUAUAUUCGGAUGACUCCAA